AGUGUGAAGACAUAGUGGUCUUGUUUCGAAAGGAAAGGGGGAAAAAAGUGUCGUUUCCGUUCUACGUCAGACGUGAGACUGCUGGUGGCGGCAAAGUAAAAGUGAUCAAUUGGAUGGCGAAAACUAAAUGAGAAAUAUUACAAAACAAGGUGGGGAAGAUAUUUUGGUGAAGGGAAAAAGCUAAAUUGAACAGAAAUUUAUGAGAGGUAAUUGGGACUUUAUGGCGUGCAUUUACGCAUGCGCGCCAUGUCCUCAUCCCUGAGUGCGUUUUGUCUUUCAACCCCCACCCCUCCCUCACUUGUGGUCUGUCCCGGACUGGAUUAUCAUCGCGCAUCCGAGAUGGCUACUCCAGAUGCAGCAGGAACCCCGGGAGCCCCCGACUCUGAGGGGGGACCUCCGGCCGCAGCCCCCAACCUGACCAGCAACAGGCGACUGCAGCAGACGCAGGCGCAGGUGGAUGAGGUGGUGGACAUCAUGCGUGUGAACGUGGACAAGGUUCUGGAACGCGACCAAAAGUUGUCGGAGUUGGACGACCGCGCCGACGCCCUGCAGGCUGGGGCCUCGCAGUUCGAGAGCAGCGCCGCCAAGCUCAAAAACAAGUACUGGUGGAAAAACUGCAAGAUGAUGAUCAUCAUGGCGGUGGUGGGCGUCCUUUUGUUUGGCGUCAUCUUCUUGUAUUUCUUCUACUGAGCCGAAGUCUCCUCGGCCCUCCUCAGCUUCCCGCCCUCCUCUUCUCCCCAAGCCUUCCUAAGAAACUCCCACACUGGCAAGGCCCCUCCCUGCACCGGCUGAUGGGUAACAUCCGACCAAUGAGGUGUGCUGUCGUGGAAAUAUUUCCAUUUCAGCCCCGCAUGGCAGCUGGAAAUUUGUGAAUGUGAUCGCCGGACUUUGCGACAAAAGCAUCGUAGGCCUUUUUGGUGCGUCUGCCCAAAAGAAGCAACACAUUUGUAUG